GGUUACCUCAUGUAUCUGUGUUUUAUGUCUGCGUUCUCAUGGAUGACUUUGCUCUCUUACGAUGUCAUUACCACGUUCAGGUACAGUAUUUUGGUUUAAGUACAAAUUGCCAGUUUCCUUUCAUCAAUGCAUCAUUAACGCGAGUCCUUGGGAAAUUAAUUGUCUACGCUAUGUUGAUCCAGUUUAUAUGAACUCAAGUCUUCGAUAGAUCUCUUGCAGGAAAUUGAGACCCAACCGAAGUCGUUUGUAUGAGAAUGAGUCUCGAUAUUUCAAGUAUCAACUCAUUGGAUGGGGUGGAUCGGUCUUGUUGACAUUAUUGGCACUCGCCAUGGACUUGGCUCCACUACCCAAGCAAUACACGUGGAUGAAACCCAAGAUUGGAUUGGUCUCGUGUUGGUUCGCUGGUGAUUUGGCCAUCGUGCUAUAUUUCUACGGACCCAUUGGAACCAUGUUGUUGGCAAAUGUGACCCUUUUUGUUCGAGUGGCGACAGCCUUUUCAAGUCUGGUGCAAGAAACCGUGGUGCUCCGCAAAUACAGUUCUGCGACGACCAAAUCGACCUUGAGGAAACACGUCUCCAACUCGAGUCAUGACCAACAAGUGCAUUUACUCAGAGUCAGAUUGAUUCUUGGCUUGAAGUUAUUCUGUGUCAUGGGUCUCUCCUGGACGUUUGAGAUCAUAUCGUGGAUUCUUUCCACGUCCACUCCUUGUUGGAUGUGGUAUGUCCCGGACGCCAUCAACCUUCUCCAAGGCCUUUGGAUAUUCCUCAUAUUCGGUGCCAAGCCCAAGCGACUGGCCGAAAUAUUCCACAAAAUCUUCAAAACCUCCUGCCCAAUCAUGCAAGUCCCGCCCUCUCUUGUUCCCGUCCCAGUCCAUCCAGAAUAGGUUACGUCAGGAGAAGCCCGCUAGAGAGAGUUGAGUUCAAGAGCUUCCCAUAUUUCCGACGCGACGAGAACGCCCUCUUUGUUCAAGGUUCACAUACAGGCAAACGCGAGAGAAUGAAGAACGGCUCUUUAUUCUCUAUUUAUUGCCUAGCAACAACUGUGCAUCAAUAUCAGUAUCAGUUUUUGCCAGGCGUGAUUGGACGUUGUAAAAAUUCCAAUAAAAUAUCGACUCCCAAGCCCGGCUCUCGGGUGAUCUUAUUAAAUUUCAUGAGCACCGACCGCUCCAACCGCUCGAACCCGACCAAGUUUUACAAUCCAAAAUUGAGGCCAUCACCGUCAACGUCAUUGAGGACGUCGUGGACGCCACUGACAUCGGUAUUUGGCGUGGGACUUUUGUCUGUUUGUUUGUUUGUUUAUUCAAAAGUUGUCAAAUAAGUGGAUGAAAUCUGGCCACAUCCAAUUUUCGAAUUGGGCUAAUUGAUUUGUGACAACAUAUGAGCAUGACAGUGACUGUAAUAUCAUCUUUUCAAAACCGAUGCGAGUCAGCUUUGUAUAUAUGUUCAAGAACACGCUUAUCCAAUUUGAUUUCCACCUUUGAUUGCCACAUAAUGAGACUAUUAAUCCAUAACUAUUAGAAAAUGGCACAACGUCAUCUGCCGAUUAUCCAAUUAUUCCAUUCGAGGACAAGCACAAACAAGGAGACAGGCUUCGCCCUUCCAUAUGGGCCAGAUUUCUUAUCUUUGCUAUAAUCAGUGUGACAUGGCAACUGUUGAUUCAAGUGAGUCACUUGUUGAAUGGAAAGCGCCUUGCCAUUCGAGACGCAUUGCUAUUCCAAAUCAAAAGUCUUUAGAACUAUUUGCCAUGAUGUUGCGAAGCCUUUUCAGUAGAGCAUGUGGGAACAUGGAGCAGGAUAUCUUUCAGUCC